AUUCCAUUUGCGUAGGUGGACAUGGCGAUUCAAAUAUUGACCUUGACAAUGCUAGGCUAAAAUAAUUAUUUCGAUUUUUGCCACUGUUUCAAGGCUGCUGCGCUGCGCCACUGUGGACUUGUCGUUUUGGCCGUUUGGAUUAUAGUAAUCGUGUACACUCUAAAUCUGUCGGAUGACCGACAGGAAAGCACAGGAUGUUGAUGGAUGUUUUUUAUCAAACGACCAUGGCAUGCGCAAUUCGCAUGAUGGAAAUCCGAACAAAAAUACAUCACAUCAGUUUGAGCAAAAUCAUAGCUUUCGAGACAAGGAAUCGUGCGCUUUCUAUGAGCGUCAACAGAAAUAGCAUUUAUUUUGCGCAAUUUAUAAACUGUAUGAAAGGAAUUAUUAGCUUUUUUAACUGUUUUAACCAAGCAAAUAUUUGAAUUAUUAUAGGCAGAGAUGGGUGGUAGCUAGCACGUUUCGUCCUAUCUAGGGCUUGUCAGCUGGAGCGAUGUACAAAAUGACUUAAAUAUUUGGGUGUUUCUGACGUUAUUGAAACCCGUAAAGUGUACUCGAAAUAUACGACCAACCCGAUCUUCAACAUAAAUAUCGUUUCAUCAUCAGUUAUUUUCAACUAAUUUUCAUUUUUUUAGUCUUCGGUACCGCUUCAAGAUGGGACAGGAAAUAGCGGUGAAGUAAUCCUAGUACGCCAGAAUUCAACUGAACGAGGUGGCUGGAAUGGGAAAUUGGAAUUCAUGAUGACAUGUAUUGGUUAUGCUGUCGGUUUGGGGAAUGUUUGGCGUUUUCCAUACUUGUGUUUUAAAAAUGGUGGAGGUGCAUUUUUAAUUCCAUAUACAUUAAUGUUAGCAUUACUUGGAUUACCAUUAUUUUUUCUGGAAUUCGCUUUCGGUCAAUUCGCUAGUUUAGGUCCAAUUUCUGUUUGGAAUAUUAGUCCAUUAUUCAAAGGUAUUGGUUACGCUAUGGUAUUUUUAUCAUGGUUAUUAAAUAUCUACUAUCAAGUUAUCGUUGCACAUUGUUUAUAUUAUUUUGGUGUUAGUUUUACGCAUACAUUACCUUGGACAGAAUGUAAUCCUCCUUGGAGUACACCUGAUUGUAUCGAUUCAAACAGAAUGAAUUACAGUAACAUCACAUAUCCUAAAACACCAUCAGAAGAUUAUUAUUUUAAUCAAGUUCUUAAAUUAUCACCUGGUUUCGAAGAGUUCGGUGCACCAGGUUGGGAAUUGUCUUUAUGCCUUUUAUGUUGUUGGAUUUUGUGUGGACUAGCGGUUAUUAAAGGUGUCCAGUCUCUUGGCAAAGUUUCUUACUUCACAAGUGUAUUUCCAUAUAUCAUGUUAACAAUUCUUCUCAUACGAGGAGCACUCCUCCCAGGCUCAGGAGCAGGUGUACUUUAUUAUUUAACACCUGAUUUUUCACGAUUAACAGAUCCCCAAGUAUGGGCUGAUGCUGCUACACAGAUAUUUUUCUCUUUGGGCUGUUGCAACGGUGGUUUAAUAACUGUGUCAAGUUAUAAUAAAUUUAAGAAUAACUGUUGUAGAGAUGCUGUCAUUGUGGCAAUCAUUAAUUGUGCAACUUCUGUCUAUGCUGGUUUUGUGAUAUUUUCUAAUUUGGGUUUUAUGGCUUAUCAAAAAAAUACAACAAUUUCUGAAGUUGCAUCCAGCGGUCCUGGACUUGCUUUCAUUGUAUAUCCUGAAGCAAUGACAAAUAUGCCACUUUCUAGUCUAUGGUCGGUUUUAUUCUUCACAAUGAUGUUAACACUUGGUUUCGGUUCACAGUUCUCUAUAUUGGAGACUACUCUUUCUGGUAUACAGGAUGAAUUCAGACGAUUAGGUGUUCAUCUAACUGAAAGACGUAAAAUUGCUUUCCGGAUAUCAGUAUGUUGUUUGAAUUUUUUCAUGGGAUUGCCAAUGGUUUGUGCUGGUGGAUAUUAUCUUGUAACAAUAUAUGACAGUGUAAUGAGUGGUUAUGCUCCAUUAAUUGUUGCACUAAGUGAAACGGUCGUCAUUACAUAUGUAUAUGGUUUAAGACAAUUUCGAUGCGAUAUUGAAUUGAUGAUAAAUGAACGACCUAAUUGGUAUUGGCGUAUUUGUUGGCUUGUAAUUACACCAACUAUUUGUCUUUUACUAAUUAUUUCUGUAUUAACAAAUCGGAUUGAAUUAAAAGAGAAGAACUAUUCUUUCCCACCUUGGGCAUAUGUAUUAUACCAAUCACUAUCUGCUGGGACUGUAUUAUUAAUCGUUGGUUGGUUUAUUUAUAAAUACUGCAGUGAAGGUGGUUUUCUAUUAUUAAAAGAAUUCCUAAAACCUGUACAUGAAUGGGGACCAGCCGAUAAACAACAUCGCGCUGAAUUUAUAUCAAUGAUUAAAUCUAAUGAGUCACGUAUUAAUGAAGCUGGUGGUAAUCUUUAUACAUCACCGAUUGGUGGACCAACUACCAUAGAAGGCAGUCAAUUACAAUUAGGUUAUGGAUUAAAUAGUUCACUUAAAAGUGGUCUGGCUGCUGCUGGUGUUAUAGAUGAUACUAAAUUCUUUCAAAGUAAAUUAAAUGUUGCUGAAAAACUUACACAUGCUCAUACAAAAGAAGUAGUAAAACGAGUCGUCAGCAAUGCAGAUAUUAAUCCAGCCAAUGCUGCUGCAUUAUUGUCAGCAAGUCAAACAGCAUUAGCUGCAGUUAAUUCUGUUGCUCUACUUGGUUCACAAUCGUUAUCUGGUUGUAUUACAGGUAAUAUAAACAUUGAUACAAGUGGAAUAAAAUUACCGGAACAGUUUUUCAUAUCUUCAGACUGUGAUGAAAUGAAUGAGUCAGUCAAGUCUACUGAUCAAUGAAAAAUAUAAAAACACUACACUGAUUAUUCUUUCGUUUUUUGCUGAAAGUUUAUCCUAUCAUUAUACAAUACAUCAACGAUUGUGUCUGUGUGUGUGUGUGUUGGUUUAUUUGUUUAUUAAAUCUGAUUUAUUUUUUAAUGAAAUUGUAACAACAUAAAUUUAGUGUAUGGAAGUAAAUACACAAAACAAUCCACCCAUCCCACACACACACACACAUCUACAUAAAUUAUUAGUUUAACCAAGUAAAUCAGUUGAAAAAUAUCACUAUACACAACUUUUUUUGUUUUGGUUUCUUAAUACCAAUUCUAUUGGUUCAUUUUUGAUUCUUCGUUCUAUUAAUUUAUUCAUUAUUUACUACUACUACUACUAAUAAUAAUAAUCACAAUGGGUUAUAGUUGUGUGUGCAUGUUAUCAAAUGCUUCUUUCCUAAAUAAACACAUCUUAUACAACGUAUACAUGUAGUUAGUUAAUGUACAUGAUGAAAAUUCAGUAGUACAUUAAUUGUUUACUAUUUCAACAAUUUUAUGCGAUUGCAAAAUAAUAAAUAAGAACUUUCGUCUAAAUUUGAACGAAUAGUUUC